AUGGAAACUGAGGAAGAUAAAUCAGCCCUCACAGCCGAAGACGGCGAUCCAGAUGUGGAUUUAUCCAAAGAUUCUAAACAAGGUGAGUGUUUACGCGAUUUACGUUGCAUCGCUUAAACACCAGAACACGUACUUGGCGGUAUUCAUCUUGAUUUAACGCGUUCCUCGCGAGUCUUCACGAAUAAGACGCGGGGCGGCGUGAUUGAAUAAUUACCCACCCAUGCCAAGGGAAAAGUCUGUGAAUCAAUUAGCUCAAGGUCAACUUAUUUCCCUAAUAUCCAUUAUAGAGAGCAACUUUAUCAGGUUACAAGAUGUGGUAUCCCGUGGGUCACAGGUUUUUCGAACUUAUCACCUCCCAAUGGAUCCAAAAGGGUCUGCAAAAACCACCUCCUCUAGAUCCGCCACUGUACUGGAUGCGUCCUUGAGGACCGAGCUUCGAGGCCUCUUGUAGGAUUGUAAUAGACGACAUUCUCGAUUCAUGGUGUUCGAGCAAGCUCGACCUUACUGAUUGAUGGAAUUAUUGAUUGAUUGAUUGAUUGAUUGAUUGACAGAUAUUCAUGCAGAACAUUCUACACAGCAUCUUCUCAUUCAGAGUCAUGAAUAUUGCCCCAACAAUUUUAUGAAAGAUUGUUGUUUGUGAAUUCUUCAAUAUUCUUUCUUUCUCUUUCUCUAACAUUAUUAUUAUAAUUUUUCUUAUUUUUUCUUUCGAUAUAACUUUUGUCAGGAGGUAAACUGACCUACACAGUGGAAGAGGCGAUUGACAAGCUUGGCUAUGGACCUUUUCAAGUAAAACUUAUGUUUGUGAUUGGAUUGGCUUGGGUAAGAGUGAAAAUACUGUUAUGAGACUUUUUUUAAACUUUGCUGAAUGCUUUUAACCUACCGACUUACUACUUAUCGCGUUCCUCUCUCUGAGUCUUAAUCGUGUCCAUAGUGUUAUUUUUAAUAUAGUUCCGAAUUUCCUGUUGAACACCAAAAAGUAAGAAGAGGGUCUCAAUAGGAUGAUGACUUUUACGGCUCAGAAACGGUCAAAAUUUUGGCCAUUUUACGGCUAACGGUUAAGGUUUUUCUCCUUUUGAUCACAGUUGAUAGUUUAGGUGGUUCUCAGCCAUCUUAAACAAAUAAAACCAACGAUAUCUUCUUUAGUUGCGUUUAAGCGUAUAGUCUUAACCCUUUAACUCUCAGGAGUCAUUAACUUGGAACUUAACCCUAUGAUAACCAUCCGUUCUCCAACCAGCAAGUAAGGAGAAUACUCAAACUUAUCAGAUAGAAAUUGUUAUCUUGAUCUGACACUAAAUUCUCGAAAUUCAGUUGCAAGAAAAUGCAAAGCAGCUCUAGGAGAGAAUUGACAAUGAGAUCUUUGGAGUUAAAUGGUUAACAGUUAGGUGUAUAUGAAAACAUUCUGUACAAGUGAUACUAUUUAUCCCCUGGUAGACGUCUUUGUUAAUAGCAGACAUAAAGGUAUCCAUUAAUUCUUUCAGUGAAAUAACAGAAAUGGAAAGGGAACCACCAGGUUCGAAAUGGCAAAUGCUAAAUGAUGUAACUGUUCAAAGUAAAUAUCGAAACACUGUUUUUUAUUUUUAGAUGGCGGACUCUAUGGAAGUGACAAUCCUGGCGAUUGUAUGUCCCGCUAUAAGAUGUGACUGGAAUUUAGCUACUUGGCAAGAAGCUACCAUUACUACGGUAUAACUUUAGUUUAAAAAGCUAGGGCCGGUUAUUUUCACGAGGUUUAACCCAGACCGCGGUUCUGCGCGAGCAGUAGCCUUACGAAUUCUCCAUAAGAGGGUUGUUUUCAUCAAAUAAAUUUCCUUCCACUGCCCUCUUGACACUGUCCUCAAAAAUACAUGUUCAGGAAAAAGAUUCAGGUAAAUUCAAGGUAGUUUAUACGCGGUUUUGUUAAACAACGGCUGAACUUUAUUUAGAUAACAGGCCCUGAGAAUUUCCCACAUUAAAACAGCCAAAAUGACUAUUUUUUUUAGCUGGGCAGUGUGAGUUCGCAUCAAAGCUUAUUUUCUAACUAUGUAACAUGUCUAGAAAACACUUUACAUCUGUUUAAGAAAACUAUUGAAUCCACAUGAAACUUUUGUCGCAAGGCAAAUCUUGUCAAGGACUGAUAUGCAGACGAAAGGGCUACAAAAUCAAACUUCUCUAGACCACAGAUGGAAAAAGUACAACGGUUAUUGCAAUGUAAUUUAAACCACUGAACACUACAUACAUGUGUGAAUGUGAAAUUUCUCAUAUUUUUGAUUUUUCUCCCAUAUUCUGUCUCCCAGGCCGUUUUCUCUGGAAUGACAGUAAGCACAUGUAUAUGGGGCUAUGUUUCGGAUAACUUUGGACGAAAGAAGGUAACGUCCCUCUCAAAGUUGGUAUGAAUCAUUGGACUUAUAAGGUAUACAUUGAGCCGGACUCUGGACGGGUCAGCAAGAGAUUUACAACGGACCAGUAAUUAAUCCCAAGGGGGGGUAAUGUGGUAAUGGGGGGGGGGGGGAAUUGGGAGUAGAACUACGGCUAGUUGCUGGAAUUUGAAGCCCGUAGAGACGGGAAAAUACGGUUCCCUUUUACGUUUUCUCAUUUUUUGUUUGUAUACGUUCCGCAUAGGAAGUCCUUGCUUGUACUAUCGUCGUUUUUGCUGGCGGACUCCUGAGUACGUUUGCGUCGAACUACUUUUGGAUCAUGGCGUUCAGUACCGUAGUUGGACUGGGUAUGGGGGGCGUGGCACAAUGGUAGGACAUGGCAGCUGCCUCUGCCCCAAAAGUUGUAGCUAAGACAUCAGUCCACAUAAAUACUUGCUCCCUGUUUACCCCCUUCGUUGACGAAAUCUCCGCCUUGGAGCACAGUUUAGUGAUUAGAAAAGCGCUACCUUAUCGUGAGAAAAAUAUUUUUCUUUACCUUCCAGUCACACACUUAUUGUGCCGAUAAACAAUCUCACAUCUGAUAUGAUAGGGGCAUCGUUUUUACUGACUACGCGUGAGGAGUUAUUUCAAAUAAACCUAAAGUGAGAAUAACCGACAGUACCAAAACCUUGAUCCCUAUCAGGGUUUCUGAUAGACAUGAGAUUUGACUAAAAUAAAGUUUCUCGCCAGCAAUUGAGCAAAUUUACAAGCACUUAGCUAAGGUUUCUUUUAACGACAAUCUGAAUUUUAAAGAGGAGGCGUAAAAAUAUGAAAAGGCCCUCCAUCCGUUUAAUAAAGUUACGUAAACAUAUGUUUCCCAUUUUCUCUCUUAUGCAGUAUGAAUCUUUGGGCAGAGUUUCUUCCAAGCAAGCGAAGAGGAGUUCUGCUAAACGCCCUAUCGGUAAAUAAUCUCAGUUGCCUCACAUUAUUCUAGCUUUUAGGGGCAUGAUGUUGAUGUUUAAGGGUGAUGGCUCACGUAAGCUGCGAAUAAAUGACCCGCUAUAUUUUGAGAGACAGUAGAGCACACACCAAUAACAAUGACUCACCCUCCUCCUCCUCCCCCCUUCUGCCGCACAUACACCGCCGUCAAUCCUUCCAGUUGAAGAGAACCAUCGUUUUUUCGUUUCGCUCCUUUCAUUUUCUUUUCUCUUUGUAGUUGUCCUGGUCCCUUGGAUCUUGUUUGGAAAUUCUCGUCGCGCUUGUAGUGAUGCCCACGCUAGGCUGGAGAUGGCUGUUUUUUAUCUCAUGUCUACCUUUGCUUCUUUUUAUAUGCUGUAGCACGGUGAGAAAAACUCAGUUUUAAAACGAGCGUCUUGUAGCAAACAUCGACCGACCUACGUAUACUAUGUGGUUAGUUUUGACACUAGAAGGACCACUUGUAUGCCUAUGAGAAUUUUUCCCGCUCUUAGAGUAUAAAAGUCUUAACAAAUGCCUCUAGUCUUCAACUAAACGCUUGGUUCAAUUAAAGAAAAAAUACACUCAGGAACUUUUAAUAAGGAUGCAGAGUUUAUUUCAACCAUUCCAUAACGAAUCGAUCCUUCCAUGGCCUUGGAAUCACUUUAAAAACGAAGUCGGGAGAUUAAAGAUUAAAGAGAAACUGUUCUUAAGGCCAUUUGUAGUUAUAGAACUUCAUUAAAAGAUAAAAUAAAAGUUAGAGAAAGCCCAAUACAAUAUUUCUUUAAGGGAAGAUAUCAGGUAAAAAAGGUAUCUGAGAACCUGAGCUGUGAUUGGUUAGUAUGGUGGCCAGUCAUGUGAUACCACGUUCACUUCUUCGAUUUACAGCGACAAAAAUAAUGGAGCACGCAAACACACCAUCAAAAUUCUUCCCUAAACACUUGACAACUAUUUUACUUCAUUUUCUGCUGCAGCUCGUCCCAGAAUCUCCUCGAUUCUAUAUGGCUGCAGGCAAGCCAGAAAAAGCUUUGUGCAUUUUGCAAAAGAUUGCUAAAGAAAAUGAUAAGGAGUUGCCUCCGGGAGAACUUAUCGCCACAGAACAACACGAGGUACUCAUUUGAGUCUUAAAAAGCCUUUCCUGAACUUGACAAAAUUUCAAAAAACUUAUGAUCAGAAUUGUUAUUUUCUUGCCUUUUCAAUCAGUGUAUCAGGAGAUCGCUUUUGCAGUACUUUUGUUUUCAGUUGCGCUCGCAAACAAAUGUGACAAAUACACCUUUUGAAGAAAGUGUUUUCUUAGAAAUCUAAAACACUCUAUUUCUAAACAGUCAUAUAUAGGUGAUUAAGUGAGAAAGAAUCUGACGUACGCUUUUUUUUUGAGGUUCUUUGUUUUCAUUGCAGGUUGCACGAGGAAGGAUAACAGAUCUAUUUUCUCCUGCAUUUCGAAGAUCUACUAUUUUGUUGUGGAUUAUCUGGUGAGACUAAUUUACUUUACACCAUAUCCAGCCUUAGUUUUAGGAAGAGGAACUUUAAUACAGCACCCACUCAAAGGAUUGAAGGAGAAUUCUUUAAUCCAAUUUCCAGUUUCUACAAAGUUCUAUUCAAUCCGUUUUUGUGAAGAAAGAGGUGACCAGACUCAGUUCUCCUUAUUAAAAAGAAAAGUUUAUGACGGUUCAUUUUUUUUCAAGUUUUGUUUUUUAAGGAUCGCUUUCAUAUUCAUUUCAGUUCUGAUUUUUAUACAUUCACAGUCAUUUAUUCAUCACUUCACGGGUUUAUUUGGAACCAACAUAAUGAUCAACUCCGAGUUGGCUUGUUAGCUUAGUUGGUAAAGCUUCUUUUCUCUUCCAGGUUUAGUAGUCAUUUUGUAAUAUACGGAAUAGCGCUUAUAACUACAGAAAUGUUCUCAAGGGUGGACCCUUGCAGAGGUGACUAUGUUUUCAUAACUCAUCGCUUCUUCAUUUAAACUUCUAUCAAAAAAUUUUGGGUAGUUUUAAAAGAGAAACUCGUCAAGAAGAAUCUCUAACAUAGGUUAUUAUUAACUCGUUUAAGUUUGCAGUUCUUGACUAUCGCGUUGUAUAAGUGAUAUAAACAGCGCAUUGAAAGCAUGUGAAAGCAAAUGAAAUGUCGUGGAAUGUGAGUGUUGAGAUGUCGUUCUCGAUAUAAUGUCUUACCAAAGAAAUUCAAAUCAGGUAACUCCACAACCAAACUUUUUUAUCGAAUAACAAACAUACAUUUUUACACAAAAUAACCUUGUGGCAAAUUUGAGAGUAAAACGGGCUUAGUGGGCUCAGAGCCACCCUAAAUUUUUCCCCUCAUUAUGUCAGUUGAUAUUUAAAAACCUAUAUAUUGGCAGGUAUCAAUUCGGAGGGGGUCCACGCUGCAAAAGAAGGUUCUUCUGAUACUUCACACUGCAAACAAUUAGAUUAUGAAGACUACGCCAAUUACUUUAUUGUAAUGUCUGGUGAUCUCCUAGGUAAGUAGUGCACACUGCAAGCGAUGACCCGCCCCCACCCCCUCCCCCCAGUAACAACCUGCAAAAAUCUAGGGACAGAGAGUGGAUUGGGAUAAAUCAAUUCUUUCCAAGUUGAACACUAUUUACCAAUGGACGGAAACAGGAGCCCAUCAUUAGGAGCCUCUAUCUCCCAUACUAAGCCUUAGAGUCAACCCUUUCCCAAGAAGAUCUAUCAAUAGAAAGGCUCUCAGGUGAUGUCUGGAGGUCUAAGACCCGAUCAAAACAGAGCUAUGACAAUCCUAUUGUUUUACGUCAAACAUCCGCUCACAUGUAUUGAGCAGCGAAUCAGUUUUUGCGAUUCGCGGUUGACUCAGCGGAAAUAAACUUUCCGCGGGAUUGACUCAAGGAAUCCGUAGAGAUAGAGGCUCUCGUUGACGGGCUCCUGACGGAAACAAAAGUUUGUUUCCCAAGAAUCCGAACUUUAAUUAUUUAUUAUUACUGAUUAUUGUCCUUUUUGAAUGCAUUUACAUUGAAAAAAAAACGGUUCCUUACGCCACACGACCUUCUUUGGCUUUUAUCUAUAAGAUUAGAUCGAGAUUCAUCUUAAAGAGAAACACACUUCCAUUCUAGAGACUAUCAAAAGAAUAUAAUGGGUUAAACAAAUCCCAAGGCCAGGACAGGAAGUUUCUGUCAAAGUUGUCUCUCUUUCCCUUCUUAAAGAUUAGAACAUCGCAUCUCCUUUAAAAUCUAGGCCAAUCGAAGAAGUUUUUUCUUUUUUUUUAACAGCGAUGAAUCACUUCUAAAUAUCGCGAUUUUUCUUAUCUACAUUUUACAGGAUUAGUGUUUAUAUUUUUCAUGGUGGACAAAAUAGGUAGAAAAAUGGUUCAAUUCGUGGCUUUCUUGGGGAGUGCAAUUUUUCUAGCAGCCUUGUUCAUUUGCACAAGAAGGUUAGUGAUGGAGCCAGUUGUCACAUGUUCCUAUAAUGAAUAAAAUGUAUGAUAUUUUUGACCAUGUGGAUGAGAUGUGGCCAAAGACGAGCUGAUCCUCUCAGCAAAACUACAAUAGAAGAAAUUUCAGAAAAAGCAGUUUAAAAAAAAAAUCGAGCUUCGACGGGAUUCGAACCUGUGCUUCCCAACUGCCUGUUAGUCGCCUCUACCAACUGAGUUACGAAGCAACACGUUAGGAUAAAGAGUCACUAACACUGGGCGGAGUCCUGGGCACAAGCUAAUGUGGGAUGACCAUCACCCAGAAUAAAAAACUGCACAGUUCCUGAGUUUUGAAUUUUGAAUUAAGCAAUGGAGGACUUGUUCCAAGUUUAUUUCCAACAAGAGGUGUUUGGGGGGAUUUUUUUCGAAAGUUAAGCAGUCUCAAACUCUUCCAGCAGCCUGAGUCUUUGGAUUAUGCCAUGGAAACACAGAAAAAAAUUCCUCUCUGCUUUUAGAGAAUAUUUCUUACAAAUGCGCACGAAUCUUAAACGCCAAACGGCCCCACAUAUGCUCAUCCUCACACAACUAUCGAUCAAUGGGGACGGGCCAAAGGUCUCAAUUACUUCUUCAACCGAGAUUCAAAUGAAACUGCGGAAAAUUUAAUGAAAAACAAUUUGCCUGUCCUCACACACUAGCAAAGGAAGAAAAAAUUGAUGUCAUUUUUUUCAUUGGCAGUCGUUCAUCGACAACGCUAUUUUUGUACGCCUCCCGAAUGUUCAUCAGCAUUGCUGACAUGUGCGGCUAUGUAUACACACCGGAAGUGUAUCCCACGAGCAUGCGCGGUAUCGGAUUGGGCGCAUGCUCAGGUGCGGCGAGGAUCGGCUGUAUGAUAACUCCAUUUGUUGCCAUGGUGAGUAAAGUGACGUAAAAGAGAAAUCGAUACUCAGGAAAUAAAAAAGUAAAAUAUUCAUGAAACACUUGAAGGUGCAGUUGUUUGCAACCUGUCGAGACGAUGUUUUCGAAGAGUUUUAGGUUUGGCUAAGCUCCUUAGUUUAGGCGGCAUCUAUCAAAGGGUAUAACACAUUUGUUGUCCAAUAAAACAUUAAAAAAAAACACCUCUAGACUGGUUUCUCGAGAAUGUGUAGAGUAAGGGAAAGCAUUUUCUGCAUUUGCUUAUGAUUCAUAUGGUAAUCGUUAAAAAUUUUCUGAAAUUUCUGAAAUAAGAGAUUCUGUACUCAAAGGCUUAAACUAAACAUUCAUUGUGUUAGUUAAAGUAAGACAAAUUAAUGUUUUAUUUGUUAAAAAAAAAUUUUUCAAAAGUACAGUCUAAAUGACACGAUGAUUUUUGUCUCAAUUAGUUUUUAAAUAAUGGCAUUUAUUUGAGUCUUUCCAUCAUUUUUCAAGGACACGUGAUGUCUUUUAUGGCAUUUCUUCCAUCAUGGUAUUUAACAGUAAGCGCCUGUUUGCUCUUUUUCAUUGUCUACAGGUUCUAAUGCCACACUCCAUUCUACUAUCACUCAGUUUCUACAGCGGUUUUUCUGUUCUGGGCGUAGUCACUGUGCUUCUUCUACCAAUCGAGACCAAGGGACGGGCUUUACAGGUAAGAAGGACAAGAUAGACAUAUCUUUUUUGGCGACGAAAGCUCUCUUUAACCGUAACAAACCUAAUUUCUACUCAUUAUUAUUGAUAAGAUAUCUCUCUCAAUUAGUUUGUAAGUCGAUAUAAUUUUCAUUUUUUGAAGGAAACUUCUUUUAAUCAUAGUGUUCUAUAGUUGAUUGUUACAGCACUAUACGAUUUUCUUCCGGAGUCCCCCGGAAGCUUUAAAAGUCUCAACUGGCACUUAAAAAACCCAGCCAAGAUCUGAAUAAGAUUCCCUUCACUAUCGCCUAAAGCCCUGUAAAAUACCAAGUUUUUACUGAGCUUUAUACGCUCAUGUUAUCAGGAUAUACACGGCUUAAUGUGCUAUCUUUGAAUUUAUUGCAGGAUUCUUGACAAGAAUAUAUUUGGCUAAUGUAGCGAGAAAAGGAAGUGACAACUUAGCUUAACAUUAGGUGUCAAUAGGUGUACUGUUUCAAUGUCAACAAUUCUGCGCAAGAUUCAGUUUGCAACCGUGGCACUUAUUCAACAAAUCAUGAGACAAUAACAUCUGCUAUGAAUGAAAGACAUUACAUCGUGAUACGCUGGUAACUUUUUUGCUGUUUCUUCUUAAUUGAAAAGAAAAAAAAAGUGUACGCUAUUUGUACAUACGAUAGAAACAGAGCUGUGUUGAUGUCGAGUUCGAUAAAGUACAAAUUCGCUCUUUUAUCUCAUGUUUUGUUGACCAACCAGGCAUCUCAUUGUGAUAUGGUAUUUCAAGGUGAAAAAGGUAAAAUCUGUAUUUUCUCAUCAAAAUUCCAAAUUUUUUUGCACGAUGUAAAGUUGGCUGAUAUCAAGCUAAUACUUUGCUCUUUUUUUCCCUUUCAAGUAAUUGGAUCUAAAUUUCGUUAACUAUUACAAAUUAAACUUUUAUAAUUGAUUUGGUAUUGAGGUUUUCUACUUUUUACGGGAUAAAUACCUUCUUUUAAGACUGGAGAGGCUAUACGAGGGCCUCAUAACUUUUACGGCUAACAGUUAAAAACUUUGGCCGAUUUACGGCUAACGGUCAUCCGAAUACCACAACCAAUCAAAAUUAAUCCGAAAUGCACCAAAAUAUCGCACACCGGUCAAUAAAGGGCAGAUGAUUUUUAAAAAAUUAAUUUUGAAAAUAUCAAUUUGCCUUUGCGCAAGACUCGCCUUAGUUUUUUGCAAAAAAUCGUUUAAAAAGAUAAUGAUUUCGAGCUUUGUGGUUGGUGUCUUCAGUACGCCACGCUCCCCCCUUCUCUCUUCCCUUCCUAAUUGUGCUGUAUGGCCCCAACUUCACUGUCGACAGUAAGUUUAAUUACGAAAAGACAGUUGAAUAAAUUCUUUGCUCAGCUCGUGAAAUCAAGGCAGUGUGAAUGAGUUAAUUUCAGAGUUACUUCAAAAUAAAAACUUAACCUUUUUUUUUUGCAUUCUUUUCAGAUUAAGAUAGUAAGAUUAAUAAUUGCACGUUGUGUAUAAAGGAAAACAUUUUACUUUGCAAGAAGGUUAUGUUUCAUUGUCCAACUUAAUUGACAAACUGGCUAUUGGGGUUUUAAGUAAGCUUACAUCAAUUACGUAAACGGAAACUCAUUAAACAUGAAAUUCAACCUUGCUAUGAUCUAAAAUAAUUUUUUCCUCUUAAUAUUUUGAUUAAACUGCCUUCGCAACUUGAUUCAGAUUUUUCGUAUCAUGCAGAUUAAAACGUGCUUGAUACCUAUGUUCUGAGAAUGCAAACUUAACAACGAAGAAAUUGAACUAGGAACUCUGUCAAAGUACGUUCAUAGACUAAUUCAAGAGCGCAAAAAGCCGGUCUAUUUCCUAGUAAAAUAUUUACAGUCUCGAUAUCAACUAUCAAUUUCAUUAAUGCUGUUUUCCCAUGCUGAAAAACGUUUAUAAAAGAUUUGCUCAGAGUAUCUUGCACAAAACCGCUUCAGAAGUUUUUAGUCGCUGUAGUUUGGGGGUGCGAGCUGAGAAGAUUCGAAAAGAUGAAAAAUUUGGUCCUUGUUUUCCUGGUGCCUUUGAUAUCCUGUCGAGCGCUCCUUUUUGGAGACGGUAAGACUUUUUUUUUUUUACAAUAUCUCACGAGUUAGAAUAUAUCAAAUUCUCUGUGAGCCAUGUUUUGAAAUUCAUUUGUCUCUCGAUACAACAACUCCAGCUUAUUUAACUUUUCGUUCCAUAUCUUUCUCUUUUUCUUUCCAACUCAAUUUAUUUCAUGUUCGGAAAUACUAAGUGUAUUAUAUGUUUCUCAGCUUUAUCCCAGUCACCCGUUUUUUCAAUGUAAAAGUUCAAAAUUCUCGUUUCUAUGUCUUGCUCUUCUUUCCAAUCCUUUUCAUCUCUUGUACUUUAUUUUCUUUGUUCCUACUUACAGAUUUUGCACUGAAAUACAUAGUAUUACACCUUAUUCGAUAGUUGAAUGUAUAACACGGACGGAUAUUUUGCGAAUUGCAUGGUAUCAUUCUAUAUUGUUAUGUUAUUAUCACUAAGUCAUGACCAAAAAAAUAUAUAGUACAUAAAAAUUUUGUUCUUUAAGAAGCAAAAACUUAAAAAAAAAUGAGAGAAAAGUGGUCACAUUCUGGACCAUUUAGCGCGGCCAUUUUGUUGCUCUGCUUUCCGCCCAUAUUUUGCCCUGUUCUACAGUGUAAUACCGUAGAAUAUUUUGCGCGUCCCUUAUGUGGUAAAAUGACGCAAUUGCGGAACGAUAAGUCACGAUGUUUUAAGUUUUCAUCGUUAAUUAGAACUACCUUUGAAUAAAAUGAAUCCUUGAAAAAAUCAUUUACUAAGCUAGACGAACACCAAAAAGGAAAGGAGAGGCCCAAAAAGGAACAAAAACAGUCCAGAAUGUACAAGAAGAACAAACUUUGCGAAUGAUGAGCUUGAAAUAUUUGGGCCAAAUUACUUAAGAUGCCUAAAUUGUGACCUUUGUCUUUUCAUCUUUCCUGCUGUUAAAUCGUUUACUCCUUUAAUAAAAAAGAUUUGUGAUUAGUUUUUUAAAAAGCCAAUCGCCAAAUGCUUUCAUAUGAAUAUCUCUGAAGGCUUUCACAAGCUCCUAAUUUCAUGAAUCUUUGUUGUUGUUGUUGUUUUUUUUUUUUUCAUUUACGCAAUUUUUAAUUGAGUGUCGAGAUUAGUUUGGAAUUGCUUAAGGUUUUGCUUUACUUCGCUCCGUGAUUGGUCCAGAAAAACUCGCGUCACUCUCUCAACCAAUCAUAUGCAAAACUAAGACGAAGAAUCACAAUUAGUUUGAAAUCACGUGGGCUCUUCAAGGUAUAUUCCUCUCCUUUGAUUAGCGACUGUAAUUACUUUGGCUCUGGUUUUACGACACUCAGUCAAAAUGCGCUCUAUCCAAGGUGCAUCUCGGCCACUAGCUUUUUCCAUUCCUUCCCGUAUUGUGUUAUGUUUCGCAGGGUGUUUAAAUACCGUAUUUCCUCGAAAAAGUGUGCGGGUGCUUAUUUAAAAUUUCGGCUAAAUGAAGGGCGCUUACAGGGAGGAGGGCGCUUAUGAAGAAAUUAUUAACCUGUUCUGAUUCCUUUGCAUUCGAAUCUUUUUCGAAAGUUAUAAAUAAAGUGGCAGUAGAAACAGAUUUUCAUUGUGUCCCUGACUAUUUAAGAAAGUGGGGAGUAAGGGGAAGGGGGAAUCUAUCUGGGGGGCACUUGUUUGAUAUUAUGGCCGAGCGGGUGAGCGAUUGUUCAUGAGAGGGCGCUUAUUAAAGCGAAGACGCUUACUCAAGGAAAUACGGUAAGUGGGAACCUUGAUUUCUCUUGGAAGAUUUCUUUCUUUCCAAACCUCGCGCAAAAUGUUUGUUCUUUCUUGGUAUUCGUUUGUUUGUCUGAUCCAUAGAAAAGACCAGCUGAACUUAUCUCUAAAACUUUGGCCAAAAACAUGUUUUAAGAAAAAGAAAACUAUUCCAGGUGGUCACGUGUCUAAGAAUACUUUUCUCUUUUGCCUUUCAGAACCAGUUGCAAAAGUUGAGCCAACAGAAGAAAUCGAACCUGUCCCUGAGGGUAAGUGAUAGAAAAUUCAUCAUUCCUUGUAGCAGUCAUCUUUCGAAUUCUAGUUAGCCGACUAUUCAUACAUUUAUUCAUUUGUUAUUUGUUUUAUCCUUUCCUUCAUUCUCUCAUUCAUCCAUUCAUUCUUUCAUAUAUUUAUUCAUUCUUUUUUCUUUCUUUCUUUCAUUCCCUGAUUUAUUCAUUCAUUUAUUCAUUAACCCAUUCAUUUGUUCUUCAAGUAAUUCACUCAAUCAUUGAUUUGUAAUUCACUCUCAUUUUUUUAUUUAUUUAUUUAUUUACAAAUUCAUAUGCUCAUUAAUUCAUUCAUUCAUUUAUUCCCUUAUUUUUUUUCAUUAAUUUACUAAUUCAUUUACCCAUUCAUUCAUUCAUUCAUUCCCUCAUGUUUUCAUUCAGUUAUUCCGUCACUCAGUCAAGUCCCUAACUUCCUUCAGUCUCUCAGUCAAUAGUUAAUCAUUUAGUCAUGCCUUUAUCCUUUCAUUGCCUCCGUCCUUAUUUUUUCAUUAAUUUACUAAUUCAUUCACCCAUUCAUUCAUUUAUUCCCUCAUGUUUUCAUUCAGUUAUUCCAUCACUCAGUCACUAAGUCCCUAACUUCCUUCAGCCUUUCAGUCAAUAGUUAAUCAUUCAGUCAUUCCUUCAUCCUUUCACUGCCUCCGUCCUUCUUUCAUUCAUUCACCACUUUUUUACCCUUCCUUGUGCAUGUACUUGAUUGCGGGCCAUUCACAUCACAACAAUAUUCAAUUUUUACUUAGGGAUUACGUUCAGCCCUGUUGGAUGUUUCAGAGACAAAUUUCACCCACGUGCUAUGCCUGAACUGCUGAAGAACUUCCGUGGGACUAUUGAUUGGUCAGACUUGUCAAAGACAGUACAGAAAUGUGCGGAUGAAGCUAUGAACAAGCGUGAGUGGGAAUUGUUUGUACUGUCACCGGCGCAAAGAGCGCAAAAAAGGCAAUUUUAAAACUCGACUCGGUUUACUUUUUCAACUAAGUAAGUCCUCUGAAUCUCUGAAAUCAUACAUUUAUUUUUGGCAACUACAUCUCCGGGCAACACCAUAGACUUUGACACCAUUUACCUCAUGUCGAAGGAAAACGCGUUUGCUCAGGUCCCAUGACUGAUCUCAAUUUUGCAUCUGCUUGGGUGGCGCGAGUUGUCUAAUCCUAUCACAAAACCGAACCAAUCCAAAGUAUUCCUGCGUUACCUUAAUGUUAUGCUCUUCAUUUCAACAGGCCAACAGUAUUUUGGAAUCCAGUAUUAUGGAGAAUGCUGGGGAGGAGAGGAAGCAGACCUAUCUUAUAAGCAGUAUGGAUCCAAUCCUGCUGGUUGCUAUAACAACAUGGUCGGUAAAGCUUGGCACAACUUCGUCUACAAGUUUAACAGUAAGUAUAGGGAUAUUUGGAGCCCUUAUUCUAGUCUAGAGAAUGAUUUGAGACCGUUAUUCUUUCCUUAAGAAUGUUUUGGGGCUCUGUCAUAGAUAUUUGGGGCCAUUAUCCCUGAUAUGAUGUGGGGCCUUCAUUAUUGCCUUAAAUAUGAUUUGGGGCCCUGUUCUGAAUAUUUGAGACCUUAUUCUAGCCCUUUGAAUGAUUACGAAAAGUUUAGCUCGGUAUCUUUAGUGGCAGAAAUAUGUAUCACUAGCGCCGCUACACUGUUGAAAUACUUAAGGGGGUAAGUUUCAAAAGAAACUGUGGUGCUGCGUCAGUGGGAGAUUAUAGCUGCGUAAUUUAGUAUUAUUAGCUGAGUUGAUAAUGUAAACUAGCCAUCGUAAAGAGUUUCAAAGCUGAAUUUUCGAGCGUUAGACCUUCGUCUUAGUGAAUGAAAUACCUAGUUUUGUUAACUUUUGUAUUUAGCCAUUGAAAGGCGACCUUAAGAUUUGAAUGAUUAUCCUUGGGCCAUCCAAAUAGCUUACAAUGGGGGAAACUCUGAUGAAGCUGCAGUGGUUAAUAGAAUAUGUAAGCGUCCAAUCAAGAUGAAAUUGUUUUGAGAAACAGACAUCGAUUGGUUUAUUGGCCCUAGUUCUAUGAGCUUAUAGACAGCGGGUUGAAUAAAUCAGUGAAUCAUAAUCCCAGUGUUAGGUUUCUUUAACAUUUGAGGGAGAUUUUGUCAAAAUUUAUCUGACUUUAAUUCACUCUUUUUCAUUUUGCAGUACCUGGAGCAGAUUCAGAAGAAUAAAAGGAAAAUCUCGGCACUAUAGCCAAAACUUAUUAUUCAGUCGUAGAGUGUUCUAAUGUAACUCGACUGAUUUCUCAUUACCAAAUGAGUGUUAAAGAAUAAACAUGUG